GAGCGUAGCGAAAAGUAAAUAUUAUUGUCAACGCAUUGUCAAAUUCAAUAUAAUAUAUUUCUGUGAGUAAUUCGCCUCGAUUUCUUCACGCUGGUCGUGAUAACAAGUUAAUAGGUUGCAAAUAGCAUCAUAGAGAUAUAAUCUGAAGAAACAGCGCCCUUUUUCGACGUUUCCGUAUUUAUUUGUGAUGUUUUUGCAGAUGGAUUCUCAGAAUAACAUAAUUGAAUUAUGAAUCGAAGACAUGUUUAUAAUUUUGACGUACUUCAAUAAAUUUUGCUUUUCACGCCUUCGAUAACUUUCGCCAUGAGAACGUGAUGCUUUUGCCUUCUCGUCCUGCCACAUUUAUAAUACGAGGCGCCAAACCUAUUCUUUAUUAUGCAAAAUUUCGUAUCGUGCGAAACAGAGGUUUGCUGACUUAUUUCGAGCCGUGUUUCUGGUUUUGUAAAAUAAACUUGGACUACUCUCUCAACAGCCCUACCUUUUCUGACAUAAUAAAAUAAAUGUGGAUUUUUGGAUAAGUUACCUACAUUUACGGAUAAAAAUCAAAGCAUAGUUCACUUCAUUCUGGCCACUCAAAACCAACUUGUUCGACAUGAAACUUGAUAUGGAUUAGGCGUCAAAACGGGUAUUUAUAUCCAAAGUUUAGGCGUCUGACACGACUAUCGAUGUUGAAUUCCUAUUUUUUUUCUUCCGUUCGUAGUCACACAAUUCAUGUGAUUGUGACUUGUUGUUCUAACGGACUGAUGAACACAAAUAAGAUGGCAAAUCUAUUUAUUUGUAAGAAUUUUUUUAGAUUUAAAAGCCAAGAGAUAACUGGAGCAGUUCACUGUAGAAUUAUCUACCAGGUUGAAAGUGGCAACUUUAACAGUGCCCUUUUAUUCCUAUAAACUGUAAAAACAGUGUUUUUCCAGAAAAUACCAGUAGCUAUAAACCUAUUUGUCCAUCCUUACCCCACUGGGGUUGGUGGGAAGAGGAGAGGGCUGGGAACUAAUUUGGAUAUCUACUCCCUUGAGAGGAGGUAAGGAAAGGUGGGAAGUCCACACAACAGCUUUUUGUGUUUGAGGCUGUGCCAACACGUUUGAACAAACUUCUUAAAUUUUCUUUUUUUUUUUGUACAACUUACAUUGCAUUGUUUUAGAUCCAGUGGUUGUUUACAAAAUACUGACUUCAUUCAUUCAUCUUUUUGUUUCUUAGAUGUGCUUAACAGUCCAGCUUUGACAAAAGUGUGAACUUUCUGCUGCAAAGUCAUGGAUUCAUCUGCUCAAGAGUUGUCACAACGUGAUACUCCGCGUGAGCUGGACUUAUUUGGUGAAGAAGCAUUAGAAGAGAUUCUUGACUCCUAUGACAGUCUUCGGGCACAAAUUGAGCAACUUCAGUUGCACUGUGAAAAGCUAGUCUCAGACAAAGCCGCAGUUGAUCAGUUGUUAAUUGAGAAAGAGAAAGAAAAUCAACUUUUCAAAGAAAAACUGCAAGAAGACAUUAGCAAGCUAAGGAAAUUAAAUAUACAAUUGUUGUCAUCCCAGAAUGCAACUGACAAAGAUUUGAGUCAUUCGUCAGGCUUAUUAAAGGAAAUUUUUGAUUCUGAUCAAGUGUAUCAAAAAAAGUUGGAAGCAGAUGCCAAGGUGGAUGCACUACAAUUAAAGUUAUUGGAGAAGGACAAACACAUUUCAAACUUGGAAUGGCAGCUAGUUGAUUCUGAUGCCACAAUAGCAUCGCUGCAGGCAGAGAGGGACCAUCUUGCCUUGGAGCUUGACUGCACUUCAGCUAGAGAACAAGAAUCAGACCUUCAGUCACUAGGUGCUGUCGGAGACAUAUCUGGCUACGCUGAUCCUUUAGAGAACUCGGAUUACGGUUUGGUUGAAUCUGGAUUUGUGGAUGAUAUGCCUGUACGACGUGUCAGGAAGCAACCUCGGCGACACUUGAGUGAUUUGACCACUCGUGGUACUUCUUACUUUGAUGACUUUGGUGCAAUUGUUGCUGGACAUGUUAGCCUUUCAGAUUAUGAUGUUCCUACAUUAACAGAUAAAGAAUCAUAUGGUCUUGGUAGUCUACGGAGAGCGACAAACUUCAGCAAUAUUAACAACAUAGACCCAUGUGAGAAGUUUGACAGGGUGACACGGCAGUCGUCUUCAAGCAAUGUUCAGCUGCAGGAUUGGGAAAGUUUUGAUGAGUCUGAUGCAGUGCGGUUAUCAUUAAACAGAAACAAAUGGGACAGAUUUUCUGAAGUGUGUGAUGUGAAAGACAGUGGUGGUAGUGAUCCUAAACGUGACAAAGACGACAUGUGGACCUUCACCCCUGAUAGUAUUAUCAAUGUAUCAACUGGAGAGGAAUUGUCACCUUUGCCUGGGGAGUCAAACUUUUUUCAGAGGUUUUCAAAGGAAAGUGAUAUGCCUUCUAAUGAAAACACACACAGGGGGGCAACAACCAUUCAGAGGACAGAGUCUAUGCCUGCAGACAGAAGGAGAGUGGACAUCAACUCUGGAGUGCAUCACAAGACAGGCACUCAACCCAUAAGCAAAACUGAUUCAUUUAUUCACCAAACUAAUAAUAACACACAAGCAUCCAACAAUAACAAAAAUACAUCUAAUAAAAAGCUGGAGGAAUACCACAAAUGGAAGGUGUCUGGUUGUAAGGGUGACCCCCCUGCAAAGCUCAAAAUAUCACAAUGCUGACUGAAGAUGGAUGAAAUUACAAUGAUCCAAAGUUGAAAUCAUUGCCACAUGCAAGACAUUGCUGCAGUUAUUUGCAGUUGCAUUUUGCAUCAAAAGAGAUUUCUUUUCCCACUUAGGAUUUACACAUUCUAUUGAUGUUAGCUGAAUGGCCAAUAGUGUGUGCAGCUAGAAGAGUUAACGUACAAGUUGAGGGCUUUGAUUCCUGUUGAAGAAUCGCAUCCAGUAACUGUUCUGUUUGUUCAGUGGUGAUUGGAAGUUGCUCAGAUUAAUAGAUAGAAUGUAAUGCACAUUGUGUACUGUGUAGAAAGAUGAGAAGUGUUGGACAAAUUGUAGCUUCUAUGUUAAGCACAUGAUGUGAAUGCAACAUCUGUUUAAUAUAUGCAUUCAUUUUUCAUGAAAGUAAGUAAAAUUUUGGAAACAUAUUAAUUAUUGGGGUUUAUAUUAGAAAGGUUGACCUCAAAUUAUCAUAAAGCUUUCUUUUCUUUGCCCUGCAAUUGUGAAUUUUCUGUGUAUAGUUGCAGCCCAUUGUAAGGGCAUGGUCAUACACAUUUGACCUUAAUUAGUACUCUUUUGGUGUGUCUUCUGUGCAUGGAUGUUUAUGAUAAAUUAUUUAAAUGUCUGCAAAAAAUGUUAAGAUCUUCCAAUUGUUUAACUUCAGUGGACACAAAAUGCUAGAAGCAUUGUAGACUAUAUGGUAGGCUUUACUUGAAAGUUUUUUCUUUUUUUUUUUCACAGUAAAGUUUUAUAUUUUCUUUGCAAAUUAGCAAAUUAGAAUUGUUUGAAAGUCAUUAAAAUGAGUGGAAAACCAAAUUGGAGGUAGAAAAUUGAAUUGUAUAAUAGUAAGAAAGAGUGUCUAUUUAAUUUAUUUACUAUUAUUUAUUACAUUAAUUUAACAUGUUCAAACAAGUUGUGUGUGUGUUGAACAUCAAUUAAAAACUGGAACAAAG